AGUAUCACUGUGCAUCAGGAACUUACCAGUUCUAUUUACAAACCGAUAUCAACAUGAACGUCCUGCUCAUUUUCACCAUUCUCGCUCUGGCUGCACCAAUCUUCGGUGAAGAGGCAGUUGAGCAGAAGAAUCAGCAGAAGAGAGGCAUUGCUCCCGUUGGAUAUGGCGGGAAUUAUUUGGGAGGAUACCACGGUCUAAACUAUGGAUACAAUGGACUUGCUCACGGAUAUCUGAACAACCCCUACUACUAUGGACAUGCGGCUCCCGUUACACCACUCGCCACUUCUCCUCUCCUUGCGGGUCACGGUUACAACCAUGCUUACCAAGCUCCAGUCUACACCGCCCCAGCUGCAGUGCGUCUGCCCUACACCGGUCUCGGUCACAAUCUUGGAUACUACAACUCCUGGUAAAGAGCGGUAACGACAAAAUAUCUUCAGAAGAGAAGAUUUUAAUGGAAUUCUGGAUCAGUUAUUUUAUCAUCAUCUCCCUCCAUCCAUCAUCGCCCCUUUUUAAUUUCGAAUUAACAAGUUAAGGAUCAUAGGUUUUAAGGAAUUUGUACCUUG